CGCUGGCGCCUCCUCUACUUAAAGCGCGCUCGGGGCUGCCUCCGCCUUCUCCUGCGCCGGCUCCUUGGCCCGCCAGCAUGUCGGACAGGCUGCCGUACAAAGUGGCUGACAUCAGCCUUGCGGACUGGGGUCGCAAGGCCAUUGAGAUUGCAGAGAAUGAGAUGCCAGGGCUGAUGAAGAUGAGGGAGAUGUAUGCUGCAUCAAAGCCUCUGAAGGGAGCACGGAUCGCUGGGUGCCUUCACAUGACGGUGCAGACAGCAGUUCUCAUAGAGACCCUGAUAGCACUGGGAGCCGAGGUACAAUGGUCAAGCUGCAACAUUUUCUCCACCCAGGACCACGCUGCAGCUGCUAUUGCAAAAGCUGGCAUCCCUGUGUUUGCCUGGAAGGGAGAGACGGAUGAGGAGUAUCUGUGGUGCAUUGAGCAGACUCUCUACUUCAAGGAUGGGCAACCCCUCAACAUGAUUUUGGAUGAUGGUGGAGAUCUUACCAACCUGGUUCAUACCAAAUACCCCCAGCUGUUGAAAGGAAUCAGAGGUAUCUCAGAAGAGACAACCACUGGAGUUCACAAUCUGUACAAGAUGAAGGCCAAUGGGACUCUCAAAGUGCCAGCUAUCAAUGUCAAUGACUCUGUCACCAAGAGCAAGUUUGAUAACCUGUAUGGCUGCAGAGAGUCCCUCAUCGAUGGCAUCAAGCGUGCUACAGAUGUCAUGAUUGCUGGCAAAGUAGCUGUGGUGGCAGGUUAUGGGGAUGUGGGCAAAGGCUGUGCCCAGGCCCUGAGGAGCUUUGGAGCCAGAGUCAUCAUCACUGAGAUUGAUCCCAUCAACGCCCUGCAGGCAGCCAUGGAAGGUUAUGAAGUGACAACCAUGGAGGAGGCCUGCAAAGAAGGCAAUAUCUUUGUUACCACCACUGGCUGCACUGACAUUGUGCAGGGCAGGCACUUUGAGCAGAUGAAGGAUGAUGCCAUAGUGUGCAAUAUUGGCCACUUUGAUGUUGAAGUUGAUGCCAAGUGGCUGAAUGAAAAUGCAGUAGAGGCAGUGAACGUUAAACCUCAGGUGGAUCGCUACACGCUGCGCAACGGCCGCCACAUCAUCCUGCUGGCAGAGGGCCGCCUGGUCAACCUGGGCUGUGCCAUGGGCCACCCCAGCUUCGUCAUGAGCAACUCCUUCACCAACCAGGUGCUGGCCCAGAUCGAGCUGUGGACACACAGUGACAAAUAUGCUGUUGGAGUCCAUUUCCUGCCAAAGAAGCUGGAUGAAGCUGUGGCUGCUGCUCAUCUGGACAAGCUCUGUGUGAAGCUGACCAAGCUGAGUGACAAGCAGGCCAAAUACCUGGGCUUACCCAGAGAUGGGCCCUUCAAGCCAGACCACUACAGAUACUGAGCAGAUGGCAAUACCCAAAGACCAAAGUGCAGGGAUGCAGCCUCCCAAAGCCCUUGUGUGUGCUGGGCCUCUUGAGAACAAGUCCUUUGCCAUACUCAGUGCUGCAGAUCCCCUCCCUGUACCAGGGGAGCUUCAGGGCCUUAUUUAUUAGUGCAAGAGGAUCACUCUGACUCUUGGGAUUAAAUUGGUUGCUUGGCUAAUGUGGUGAAAUGGAUCUUAUGCAACAUUGGUGGGCUCCUGAUGUCACAAUAAAGGGGAGCAGCAGAGAAGGUUGCUAAGUGAAGCUGUCUGGUCCUGUCUGAAGUGGCUGACAGCCUCUUUGAACAGGCUAACCUGUCAGAUGGGGAACAUUUACUAGAGGGAGAUGUCUUCUACCAUACCCUGCUCAAGUUAGAUGACUCCUAUGAGAAGGCUGCCAGUGCCCACAGAGGUGCCCUAGCUCAAGUGCACCCACGUGGUGGAAGUGGAGGCAGUAGGGAAGGGUAAGGCUUGGCUGGUCUCCUUCCUAGGAAAAUCAGCUUCACCUCCUGUUUGGAGGUGAGAGCUGGAGCCUUUUUCUGCCUUGAUUUGCUCCACUGGGGUUGGUCAGAACAAAGAGUUUUCUGUGCUGCUUCCAUAGCAGCUUGAGGAGGUGUGAGGCAAGAAGAAACUCUUUUUGGUAGCCUUCUAAAUGGCUGAGAAGCCACUGAGGGAAUGGUUAGGUUCAGGGACCUUGUUCAAUCCUCUGGAAGAUGCCAGCAGCACACUUGAUUUUUCUGAGUUGUCAUAUCUGCUGUACCUUGCCUCUUGCUGACUCAAAGUGCUUUUAUUAAAGAUCUGUGGCCUGA